AUGGCUAAGACCUCAGACUAUACUCUGGAUUUACUGACCGACACCUUUAAGGAUGGUCAACUCAUUAAGGUUAUGCGACCAAGUGGUGCGGUCAUAGCACCCUUACAACCUGAUAUCUACACAGUUGAGGGCACCAUUUCUAAAGCGCUCUUUGCCUAUGCCAUUCCUUAUAUCUGGUCCUUUGCAGGGACACGUGCCUUCAUUAUCAACUCAGGCUACGAUUGUGAUAUCGAAAUCGACCUGGAAAAUGCUGAGGAUAUAUACCUGAGUACAGACUUGAUGAACUCAACUGGGCUUUUCAUGACUCUCAAUUGUACUAUCUUGUUAAUUCCGAUGGGAAAAGCUAGCAGCUGCCGCGAUAUAGAAGAUGGAACAUGUUACGACAGCAUCUUCUCAAAGUCUCUAGGGCUCAGCACACUUGAUGGCCUGAUCUUUGGCGGUGUCAUUCUGUCAGACCUUAUCACUAGCUCUCUCAAUACAUAUGUAGGGAACGGCAAUGCCAACGGUGCUAGCAAGCCGGAUCUGACCGACUCAGCCACAAAUCAAUGA